GGUUGCCAUAAACCACGACUGCAGACUGGGUGCAACGUUUCCCUGCAUGAAGCCUGCUGCCUUUAACAGGCACUAACCCACCUCUCGGGUGAAUCACUGUCUGCGUCCUGGGUGCCCGAGCUGCUCCGGAGCCAGGAAGUGAGCGGGAGCGCACCGCUCACCUACCCUGGCAUGUGAGUCAUUCCCAGGAAUGAGAAAGCCAGUUGCUCCAGUUGCUCCUGGCCAGGGGAAUUUUGACUCUCUGAUCAGGUAUCGCGAAAAAAGCCAUCGGAAGCAGAAAAGCUUACUUCCAGAUAUGGUUUAUUUGACUGCCUUAUCGCAAGAAACGCUCUCAUGCCUACUGUAGCUCCAAGACGCAUUUUGGAGGAGUCUAAAGCACUUUCGAGAUGCAGCUCAGAGACAAGCGGAAGCCGGCAAUGGUGACAGGUAACAAACCCGAACUGAAGUUCGCUGGGAUGAAAGAAACACAAGAUCACGCAGCUAAAGACAAUAAAAAGCUGGAAAAGCAGGAAAGAAGCUUUUCUUAAACCUCAUUUAUAUAAAUAAAACCGCGUGCAGUAUUCGCCAACGGGAUUCAAUUAAGAUCAUCUUAACAGGAGCAGAUACAGAGAAAGGUGAUGCUGGCACAGCCCCUGCCCCAGCCUGGAUCUACGGCUGCCAGUGGGACUCCUGAGAAGCAUUUCAGCUGCAAACCUACAGCGACGCAAAUGAUGGGGUACAAUUUGUCGUAUGGAAAACUGCCAGAUGAUCGCCUGAGUCAAGACAACAGCACCUCACCCAACUCCACAGCAGGCCUACUCGGGAACUCCACACACAACGAAUUCACCACCAUCGUCUUGCCCGUGCUUUACCUCAUCAUUUUCCUGGCCAGCAUCUUGCUGAAUGGCCUAGCAGUGUGGAUUUUUUUCCACAUCAGAAAUAAAACGAGUUUUAUAUUUUACCUCAAAAACAUCGUGGUUGCAGACCUUCUCAUGACCCUGACGUUCCCGUUCAAGAUAAUCCAAGACUCGCAGCUGGGACCAUGGCACUUCAACUCUUUCCUGUGCCGAUACACCACGGUUCUGUUUUACGCCAACAUGUACACCACGAUUGUGUUCCUUGGACUCAUCAGCAUCGACCGCUACUUGAAGGUAGUGAAGCCUUUUGGAGACUCCAGGAUGUACAGCAUCACCUUCACCAAGAUCCUAUCUGCCUGCGUUUGGGUUGUAAUGGCUUUCCUAGCUUUGCCAAACCUGAUUCUUACGAACGGGUACCCAACAAAGAGAAACAUAGACGACUGCCUGAAGCUGAAGUCCCCCUUGGGAAUCCAGUGGCACAUGGCUGUCAUUUACAUCAACACCUGCCUGUUUGUAGUGGUGCUGAUAGUACUGAUAGGAUGUUAUAUUGCGAUAUCCAGGUAUAUUUAUAAAUCGAGCAAACAAUUUAUUAGCUCAUCAAGCAGAAAGCGAAAGCAUAAUCAAAGUAUAAGGGUUGUUGUGGCUGUAUUUUUCACUUGCUUUCUGCCUUAUCAUUUGUGCAGAAUACCCUUCACUUUUAGCCAUCUAGACAAAAUUUUAGAUGACUCUGCACAUAAAAUCUUAUAUUAUUGUAAGGAAAUGACACUGUUCCUAUCUGCAUGUAAUGUCUGUCUGGAUCCAAUAAUUUACUUUUUCAUGUGUAGAUCAUUCUCACGAAGGCUGUUCAGAAAAUCAAAUAUGCGAACCAGAAGCGAGAGUAUUCGAUCGCUACAGAGCGUAAGAAGAUCAGAAGUGCGCAUAUACCACGAAUACACCGAUGUCUGAAGUCACCCGCACAGAGACUUUUGCUCAUUUGUGAGAAUAUUUGUAUAUCGUGUAAAUAAAAAGCAUCUUUGAGUAUCUGACCAUGGAAGUUCAUUAAGGAAUAUGCAGACAAGUACAGCUUUUCUCUUUCAGCAAACCUAACAUCUGUUUCAAACAUCAAAAGCUUAAAUCCACACAGAGAUCAGGUUUACUUAGAGUGGGUUUGGGGUUGCGUUGGGUGGUUGGGGUUUUAUAGGCAGCAGAAGCUAACGACCCCUCAACUCAAAAAGCAACCUGGAGCACCAGGAGGCUCCAGCCAAGAUGGACAAGCUCUGGCCUCGGAGCAGGAUCCAACAAAGCGAGUUAGCAGUUACCUGGGCUUUGUGUUUGCCGUACAGGCUUUGCAUCUGUCCAUUCCCACCCGUCCAGGUGAAG